AUGGGGGAGUCUAUCCCGCUGGCCGCCCCGGUCCCGGUGGAACAGGCGGUGCUGGAGACGUUCUUCUCUCACCUGGGUAUCUUCUCUUACGACAAGGCCAAGGACAAUGUGGACAAGGAGCGAGAGGCCAACAAGAGCGCGGGGGGCAGCUGGCUGUCGCUGCUGGCGGCCUUGGCCCACCUGGCCGCGGCCGAGAAGGUCUAUCACAGCCUCACCUACCUGGGGCAAAAACUAGGGGGCCAGUCCUUCUUCAGCAGGAAGGAUUCCAUCCGCACCAUCUACACUUCCCUGCACAACGAGCUUAAGAAGGUGGUGACUGGCCGCGGUGCACUAGGUGGGACCGCCCCUCACGUGGAAGAACUGCUUUCCCACCUGUCAGAGCAGCUCUGCUUCUUCGUUCAGGCCCGGAUGGAGAUCGCAGACUUCUACGAGAAGAUGUACACCCUCAGCCCGCAGAAGUUCAUCAAUGCUGAAGAGCUCGUUGGCCUCUUGGACACCAUCCUCAAGAAGUACAGCUCCAGAUUUCACCACCCCAUCCUCAGUCCUUUGGAAAGCAGUUUCCAGCUGGAAGUCGACGUCCUGAGUCAUCUCCUGAAGGCCCAGGCUCAGGUCUCCGAGUGGAAGUUCCUCCCGUCUCUGGUGAACUUGCACAGUGCUCACACCAAGCUGCAGACUUGGGGCCAGAUCUUUGAAAAGCAGCGGGAGACCAAGAAACAUCUGUUUGGAGGGCAGUCUCAGAAGGCCGUUCAGCCCCCACACCUUUUCCUUUGGCUGAUGAAACUCAAAAACAUGCUUCUUGCCAAGUUUAGCUUUUACUUUCACGAGGCAUUGAGCCGACAAACGACUCCUUCAGAAAUGAAAACGUUGACUGCAAAAGCCAACCCAGACUUCUUUGGGAAGAUUUCCAGCUUCAUCAGGAAGUAUGAUGCUGCCAAUGUGUCCUUAAUCUUUGACAACCGAGGUUCCGAGAGCUUUCAGGGUCACGGCUAUCACCACCCCCAUUCCUACAGAGAGGCCCCUAAGGGUGUGGACCAGUAUCCAGCUGUGGUGUCUCUGCCCAGCGACAGGCCGGUCAUGCACUGGCCCAAUGUCAUCAUGAUCAUGACAGACCGCAUGUCCGACCUGAACAGCUUGGAGAAAGUGGUCCACUUCUAUGAUGACAAAGUUCAGAGCACCUACUUCCUAACCCGCCCAGAACCUCACUUUACCAUUGUUGUCAUCUUUGAGUCAAAGAAAUCUGAAAGAGACUCCCACUUUAUUUCCUUCCUCAAUGAGCUCUCACUUGCCCUUAAGAACCCCAAAGUUUUUGCAAGUCUGAAACCUGGCUCCAAAGGCUAG